UGUUUUAUUUUGUGUGGUAAAAGUGUAGUAAAGUUUUUGGUGGUUUAACUGUUCUUUGAAAACGGUCGGUAUGGUUUAGGUUAUAACUAUAGUAAAACUAUGGUUAAUUUUCGUAAGGAUAUGAAAUAUGACAUGCGAGAAAUAGGCUGAGAUGUAUAUGCCUUGCUCUGAUAACAUCUGGUGCGCCUUAACCUUGCGCCUGGCGGGUUAGUGAACAAGUUAACCGAAUAUUACGUAAGUCGUAAAUAUGUUUUCACAUUAUAUGACACGAACAUGAUCUAACACGAACGGGACAUUCCUGUUGGUGAAUAUCACGUGAUUUUGAUAGAACAAAUCAAACUUUCAGACAAAAACUUGUGCUGUGUUGCCAGAUUUGGGGAGCUUUGAAUUUUAUUGUGGUUUGGGUGGGUGGACAAAAAUGUAAAAAAGUUCGUGCUAGAGAGCAUUGUCUUGCUGUGGGAGUUGACUACUGCCGUGUUUGUUGUUAUAGUGAUCGUGAUCAUUAAAAUACUGAACUAAUUCUUGAUCAAAUAUUUUGGGCGGGGAUUUCUUCUGUGGGUUUUGGACAGCUUUUAGGCUGAGAAUCAUCAGUUGUAUCUGGCAACCUUGCUCUACAGAAAAUCGUUAACACACACCACGAAACUUUGUCACAGCUCACUACUCAAGACAGUCUUAACAGCACAACAAAAUCCACAGAUUACCAAAACGACCACAGACUCCAACAUGAGGAUUCAAUGCAUCUUCAUUGCCUGUACCCUUGUCUUCGCCCUCAGCUGCUCACAGGCACAAAGUAACGCCCAACGUCCUAAUAAAUGCUGCUUUUCAUAUUCCAAUUUGAGAAUCCCAGUAAAGCUGAUUGUCGGUUACUAUACAACUCAUUUUGAAUGUCACAGGAGUGGAAUCAUUUUCAUCUUGAUAUCUGGAAAUGAGAUCUGUGCUGACCUGAACCAGAGAUGGGUUCAGAAACUGAAGAACUUGGUGGACGCUCGCGCCCUUGAAGAGAUGACAGAGGACGUAGACAGCAAAUAAGAAAAAAUAAAGUUUUCAGUAAUUUUUUUAUUCAUUUUUCUUUUAAAUAAAAAAAUCUAAAUUUACCACCAAAAAAAAAUGGUUAAUGAUUGCUGUAAAGAUUGUGAUUAUACAUUUAUAACCUUUGUUUUUUUAUUUUAACAUAACAAUACAAAAGCCAAUUUUUUAAAAACUUUUGACAACAACUGGUACUACUACUACCAAUAAAUAUGAAAUUCAAUCGUAAAAUACUUAUACUUAUAUGUUUUCCUUUAUGUAUGCUAUGUUAAACUUCGUUGUUUACAAAAGUGGGUGUGUUCUGCAUGUAUUUUACCUAGAAAAAAAUACAUUCCCACAUCUGAAGAGCUGACAAUGUUCAAGUGUGAAGUCUGGUACAGCCAAAAUUGGCAAAUUUCAAAAGACAAAACAUUAACUACUCUUUAUACAAUUAUGUGUGCGGAAAUCUACUUUUUUG